UCCUCUUAGUUAUAUCUCGGCCGUCGCCUCCCUGAAAGCUCUGAAAACCUCAAAAACCCUAGCAGCAAUGUCCGGAGCCUUCUUCUACGACGCGGCUAGCGACGACGAUCUCGAAUUCCUAAACCACGAAGACGAGAGUAGCGAGGAGGAUGUAGCACCAGAAGAUCGUAAAGCUCGAGAAGACGAAGAAGGAGAAGAUAGCGAAGUUGAGGAUGAAGAAGACGAUGACGAUGACGACGACGACGACGAAGAAGAAGAAGAUGAGAAGACUACAAGGAAAGGAAACACCGACGCUCAAUCUCCUUGGGAUUUCGCUUCUUACUCGAGCUCCGUCGGGGAAGAACACGCCCGCCGUCACACAACGUCCAUCGAUGAGAAGAUCUCAAAAGCUAUCAAGCAUCGUCCCCUUCCUAUCUCCACAGAGGAGGAGGAAGAAGAGGAAGAAGAUGUCUCCGAGGCUGAACCUGACAAACAAGAGGAGUAUCUUUCUGAAGACGAAGAAGCAGCUGAUUCGAAAGCUGCAGAUAAUGUUGCUGCCAAGCCGUUCUUCUCUACUGUGGAUGGAGUUUCGUUUCAUGCCAACUCUUUCAUGCAGCUUAACCUCUCUCGUCCGUUGCUUCUAGCUUGUGAAAGUCUUGGAUACAAGAAACCUACUCCUAUCCAGGCAGCUUGUAUACCUUUGGCGCUUACAGGGCGUGAUCUUUGUGCUAGUGCAAUCACUGGUUCUGGGAAGACUGCUGCGUUCGCUUUGCCUACUCUCGAGAGGUUGCUGUUCCGUCCUAAGCGGGUCUUUGCUACUAGGGUUCUUAUUCUCACUCCGACGAGGGAGUUGGCUGUCCAGAUUCACAGUAUGAUUCAGAAGCUUGCACAGUUUACUGAUAUCAAAUGUGGAUUGAUUGUUGGAGGGCUUUCUGUAAGGGAGCAAGAGGUUGUUUUGAGGUCUAUGCCAGAUAUUGUUGUCGCUACUCCUGGACGUAUGAUAGAUCAUUUGCGUAAUUCGAUGUCUGUCGAUUUGGAUGAUCUAGCGGUUUUGAUUCUCGAUGAAGCAGAUCGUCUUCUACAGACUGGAUUUGCCACUGAAAUACAAGAGCUGGUUCGGUUAUGUCCCAGGAGAAGGCAAACAAUGCUCUUCUCAGCCACAAUGACUGAAGAAGUUAAAGAGCUUGUUAAACUUUCCUUGAACAAACCAUUGCGUCUCUCAGCUGAUCCAUCAGCUAGAAGGCCUCCAGGCCUGACCGAAGAGGUGGUAAGAAUACGUAGGACCCGUGAGGCAAAUCAGGAAGCUGUUCUUCUUUCAUUAUGCACAAGAACUUUUAAAUCAAAAGUCAUCAUCUUUAGUGGAACAAAACAGGCUGCGCAUAGACUGAAAAUUUUAUUCGGACUAGCUGGCCUCAAAGCAGCUGAGCUUCAUGGAAACCUUACUCAAGCACAACGUCUUGAUUCUCUGGAACUUUUCAGAAAGCAAGAGGUUGAUUAUCUCAUUGCGACCGAUGUGGCUGCUCGAGGGCUUGAUAUUAUUGGUGUCCAAACUGUUAUAAAUUAUGCCUGUCCUCGUGAAAUAGACAGUUAUGUUCACAGAGUUGGUAGAACAGCUAGGGCUGGAAGAGAAGGUUAUGCUGUAACCUUUGUGACUGACAAUGACCGAUCCCUUUUGAAAGUCAUUGCAAAGAAGGUGGGUUCAAAGUUGAAGAGCAGAAUCAUCCCAGAGCAGUCAAUCGUCAAGUGGUCUCAGAUAAUCGAUGAAAUGGAAGAUCAAUACUCUGCUGUUAUUCGACUAGAGAGGGAAGAGCGAGCUCUAAGGAAAGCUGAAAUGGAAUUUGCAAAGGCAGAGAACAUGAUUGAGCACAGAGAUGAAAUAUACGCACGGCCAAAAAGGACUUGGUUCAUGACAGAGAAGGAGAAGAAACUCGUAGCCAAAGCUGAAAAGGAUUCUGCAGGAAACCCUUCUGGAAACGAACUAGUUAGUGCUGAUAUAGCAGAGGACCUCAAGAUGAAGGAGAAGAGAAAACGCGAACGCGAGAAGAAUCUUCCAAGGAAAAAACGUAGAAAGCUUGAAGCUGCCAGAGAGAUGCUAGAGGAUAACGAAGAAGAAGAAGACGAGGAGGAAGAAGGAGAAGACGAAAAACGAGGAAGAUCAAGAGGGAAAGACAAGAAGAAGAAGAAAGAAGAUCCAGAGAAGAAAGGAUUGACACUAGUGGAUCUUGGUUACAGGCGAGCAAAGGCCGUAAAAGCAAAACAGAGAGCAAUUGAUUCCGGUAAGAUGGAUAGACCAACGCCGGACAAGAGAAAGAACCUAAACCGGAGUAAACCAAAAACACAGCCUAGAAAUGAAGAGAUGAAAGAUCUGUUCAAGAGUGAUAUGAGCGACAAGAAACAAGGCAGAGGCGGAGCCGGGGCUUCAGCGAAACCUAAGGGCAAGUCGAAGAACUCUUUCAAGAGCAAAGGCCGAUACAAGCGUAGGUAAAAGAGAGAAUAUCUCUAAGGCAAGAGAUAUAUCGACAAGCCACAAGAACUAAGAAAAACAUUUUUUGGUGUUGGGUUUAGACAAUUUUUUUUAUUAUUGUAAUAUGGUCAGAACGUGAGAUUUAAUGUUUUCGAAUUUUGUUUUUCCAAUGGUUUUAUAAUCUUUCAUGAA